GGCGUGGCCAGCGCGCGCGGGAGGGAGGGCGAGAGAGCGGGGCCGGCCCGCCCGAGAGACGGUCGGGCUACGAGCGCGGCGGGAGCGCGUUCCAGCUCGGGCCCCGGUGCUAUCCUCCGGUCCGCCGCGCUCCGGCCUGGGGUCUCGGGGAGGGAAGCUCGGUGAAGCGGGCGUGGGGAGCAGGGCGAAGGGGACGAGGCGCGCUGCGCUGCCGCCCGGUCCUCACCGGGUGCUGCGGGCCCCGGGCGCGCGGGGCUCCGCGGCGCGCGCACUAUGCGGGCGGAUUGCCGGCCGCCGCGAUGGCGAGCCGGGCGCCGCUGAGAGCCGCGCGCAGCCCCCAGGGUCCCCGAGGCCCGGCCGCGCCCGCCGCCACCGGCCGGGCCGCGCUGCCCAGCGCCGGCUGCUGUCCCCUCCCUCCUGGCCGCAACUCCUCCUCCAGGCCUCGGCUGCUCCUUCUGCUGCUCCUACUGCUCCAGGACGCUGGAGGCCAGCAAGGUGAUGGAUGUGGACACACUGUACUAGGCCCUGAGAGUGGAACCCUUACAUCCAUCAACUACCCACAUACCUAUCCUAACAGCACUGUGUGUGAAUGGGAGAUUCGAGUCAGGACGGGAGAAAGGAUUCGCAUCAAAUUCGGUGACUUUGACAUUGAAGAUUCUGAUUAUUGUCACCUUAAUUACCUGAAAAUCUUUAAUGGAAUUGGAGUCAGCAGAACGGAAAUCGGCAAAUACUGUGGUCUGGGUUUACAAAUGAAUCAGUCAAUUGAGUCCAAAGGCAGUGAAGUCACAGUGCUGUUUAUGAGUGGAACCCAUGCUGCUGGGCGAGGAUUUUUGGCUUCAUACUCAGUUAUAGAUAAAGAAGAUUUAAUCACUUGUUUGGAUACUGUAUCUAAUUUUUUGGAACCAGAGUUCAGUAAGUACUGCCCAGCUGGCUGUCUUUUGCCUUUUGCUGAAAUAUCUGGAACAAUUCCUCAUGGAUACAGAGAUUCUUCACCAUUGUGUAUGGCUGGAAUCCAUGCAGGAGUAGUGUCAAAUGUGCUGGGUGGACAAAUCAGCAUUGUGAUUAGCAAAGGGACCCCGUAUUAUGAAAGUUCUUUGGCCAACAACGUCACUUCCAUGGUGGGAUACUUAUCUGCAAGUCUGUUUACAUUUAAGACAAGUGGUUGCUAUGGGACUCUUGGGAUGGAGUCUGGUGUGAUUGCCGAUCCCCAGAUAACAGCAUCGUCUGCACUGGAGUGGACUGACCACAUGGGGCAGGAGAACAGCUGGACAGCAGAGAAGGCCAGGCUGAGAAAACCCGGGCCUCCCUGGGCUGCUUUUGCCACUGAUGAGCAUCAGUGGCUGCAGAUAGACCUUAAUAAGGAGAAGAAGAUAACAGGUAUCGUAACCACUGGGUCUACCAUGAUAGAACACAGUUACUAUGUGUCUGCCUACAGAGUCCUGUACAGUGACGAUGGGCAGAGAUGGACUGUGUACAGAGAACCUGGUGUGGACCAGGACAAGAUAUUUCAAGGAAACAAAGAUUAUCACAAGGAUGUUCGUAAUAACUUUUUGCCACCAAUUAUUGCACGUUUCAUUAGAGUGAACCCUGUCCAGUGGCAACAGAAAAUUGCCAUGAAAGUGGAACUGCUCGGAUGUCAGUUUACUCUCAAAGGUCGCCUUCCAAAGCUUACUCCACCUCCUCGGAACAGCAAUAACCUCAAAAAUACUACAGCUCGUCCCAAACUAGGUAAAGGUCGUGCCCCUAAAUUUACUCAAGUGCUCCAACCUCGAAGUAGGAAUGAACUUCCUCUACAGCCGGCAGAGACAACUACCACUCCUGAUAUAAAAAACACGACUGUAACUCCCAGUGUGACCAAAGAUGUCGCACUGGCUGCUGUUCUGGUCCCUGUGCUGGUCAUGGCCCUCACCACACUCAUCCUCAUUCUAGUGUGUGCUUGGCAUUGGAGAAACAGGAAGAAGAAAACUGAAGGCGCCUAUGAUUUACCCCACUGGGAUCGGGCAGGUUGGUGGAAAGGAAUGAAGCAGCUUCUCCCUGCUAAGUCGGUGGACCAUGAGGAGACGCCAGUGCGCUACAGCACUAGUGAAGUCAGUCACCUGAGUCCCAGGGAAGUCACCACAGUACUGCAAGCUGACUCUGCAGAAUAUGCACAGCCCCUCGUGGGAGGAAUUGUUGGCACACUCCAUCAGAGAUCCACCUUUAAACCUGAGGAAGGGAAGGAAGCAGGCUAUGCAGACCUCGAUCCUUACAACUCUCCAGUGCAGGAAGUGUACCACGCCUAUGCUGAACCGCUGCCCGUAACGGGGCCUGAGUACGCAACCCCGAUCGUCAUGGACAUGUCAGGACACCCCACAGCCUCAGUUGGUCUGCCCUCCACAUCCACCUUCAAAACGGCAGGGACCCAGCCUCCCGCUUUAGUGGGAACUUACAACACUCCUCUCUCCAGGACUGACAGCUGUUCCUCCGGCCAGGCUCAGUACGACACCCCAAAAGGUGGAAAGUCAGCUGCUACCCCAGAGGAACUGGUGUACCAGGUGCCCCAGAGCACCCAGGAGCUAUCAGGAGCAGGAAGGGAUGAGAAGUUUGAUGCUUUUAAAGAAAUCCUUUGACGGUGGUGCUGCUUUCUGACAAGGCAUCCAUUUAAAGCACAUGGCUGUUUUCAUUCCUAGUGGUAGUGAUGUAGAAUGUAUUACGUAUCUGUCACUGAAGUGGUUAGGGGAAUGUGGUGACCGAGGUACAAGAAACUACUUGCCUUGCCAUCUUGCUUUAAAGGUGAUACUGUGUGGCACAGUUACUGCUCGCCUGCUACAUGUCAAGCAUCCUGUUUGUUACUACUGUAAAACACUAUUUUUAAUACAGAAACAAAGCUCCCUAUAAUGCACUUGAGAGAAACUGAAAAUCACUGAGUAUUUAUUACCAAUGCUGCAGGUACAUUAAUGGACUUGAGAUGGUUCUGUAAGCCUUGCUGGCAAUAAUGCAUGGUACUGUUCUUGACAUACCGAAUGGCUUGAAAUUCUCCCUUUGUGAAGGUGGGUACUAUCACGCGUCCCUUCUCCUUUAAUCCUGUAGUGAUGUCUGCAUUCUUUUUUUUUUUCUCCUCACAUCCAUCAGUGAUAAGCAUUGCUCUAGCUGUGGCCACAUACACUUCUCUGUAUUUCCCUAGGAAGGUGCACAGUUAGAACAGCCUGCCUUGCGGUGAGCUGGGGGACUGACUCAUUGUUUGAUGACACUUUUAACAGUAUUAACACCUCCUCGUACAGGGCUUGGUCUCACCUCUGCUCAUCCCACCCACCCUUUGUGGCCUUGCUCCAACCUGUGUUCAUAAACCCUGGCAGCCUCCUUUUCAGCAGCAGUCACGGGAAGCCAGCCCUUCCCAUCUUUAAGUAUACUUCUCCACAGGGAAAUGGGAGAGAAGCAACUUACAAUUUAGAAAAGCUAUAAAGGGAGUCCUCUGCAUCACUAAAGUAAUCUGUAAAUUACUUUAGGGAAAAAGUUAAGGGGGAACUAAAAUUUAGCCUUCUUUGCUUUCUUUACACACAAGCCCAAAAAUUUGCAAAUUUUCUGGGCGGCCCAAGGUAUUUUAUAACUUUAGUUAUUUUUUUUUUUUAAAUUUCAGUUCUCUUCAGUAAACCAUUGUAAGAAAAAGAAAACCAACAUGAGCCAGGUCUGAUGGUUCAAGCCAGCAAUCCCAACUGACCCAAGUGGACCCCAAGGUCAGUGCUGUAUAGUCUACAGAGUGAGUUUGGGAUUAACCUAGGCCACUCAUAAAAUAAGGGGUGGAGCUCAGGCUCAGGGGUUUAGUGCUCCAGUGUAACAAGUGCAAGGUCAUAGGUUCAAUCCCCUCUACUACAAAAAGAAAAAAGGGUAACAGGCGUUCUCCAGGUCUGGGUGAUUGCUGCCUUCUGUCUGGGGAGAGACUUAAGUGGUCCUUUGUGCCAGACCUGGUUGACAGAGAUGCUGUGCCAUCGGAAUUGUGUGUAAUCCUUCCCAGCAACGUACUUGUCAGGGCUGCACUCCCGUCAGGUCGGGAAAAUUAAACAUUACAGUGGCUUAGCACUGCAGCAGCACAUUGGAUGAAAACACAAACUUUAUCCCUCGCCACGAACCUGUGUGCAGGUUGAGAGUACACUUAGCCUUCAGGUCCCCAGCCGUUUCUCAGCUUGUACCAUCCUGGUUAUAGAACUGCCACACCUCUCUAGAUUUGGAUAGCCGUGAACAGUGUUAACUGUGCUUCCUUCCGCAAGUACAUCAGCGUUUUAAAACGUUGCUCAGCACUGUUGGCAGGCUCUCUGCCACCUCCUCAGACGGUUUGCAUCGCUUUCGUUGUAAACUGCCUUUCGUCUUGCAGAGUCUCGGACACAAUUCUCUCUCCUUAUUGAAAAUAUCAGUGCACAUUUUGUUUCAAAGUUGUUACGAAGCAAAAAAAAGCACAGAUGCUGUACUAAAGCAUGUCAGAAUGUGUAGAGCACAAGAUGCAGUUGUCCCCUUUCAGGUGGGAACACAGCAAACCUUUAGCUGUUUCAUUUUCGUUCGUGCUUAGUGGGCAGAGGGUAGCCUUUCCUUCGAGUCACAUACCCAUUGGAAGCUUUAAGAGACCCUUUGAAGAUGAAGUUGUUUUCCCAAAGAAGCCUACUAUUCUAACUGUGUGUCCCAGAACUGUUUCAGAACAGACUGAGGCCAUGGUUGUUGAUGCGAUACACAUUGUGAGACUUGACUCCUAUGACCACUGCUCUCCUUGCACUCUACCAAUGGUUUUCAUAACGUACCUAGUUAUUGUUACAUGGUUUUCUUUUGCAGAUAAAGAGCUGAGCCUGAUUCAAAUGAUUUUUUUUUUCUGGUUUUGUACUUUUCCUUUUAGUUUUUUGUAUUCUAGAUGACUUGUCUGGUAAAUCUUUGGAAGACAAUCAAGUAAAAUGUGAAAGUAACCAUUGCUGACCAAACCCCUUGGUUAUUUUGUUUUGCUUUAAUUCUUUGCUUGAGAUAUUCAAUACUUAAGUCACUGUGGCUUAGUGGGUUUCUCUUUUCCUGAUAGUACAAUUGAUUAGAGACAGCAGUGUGGCAAGUGCAGCCUUAGGAGAUUUCAGAAAAAUUACACUAACUUGGCUGUCACUUGAUCCUUGGAACCAGCACAGAUAUUCUGAAUUCUGGUUUGCAUUUAUUUAAAUGCUGUUUAUAGAUCGCAGUCAUUCCUGUUGAGAGUAACAGGACCAGUCCAGUUAUUUAACUCAUGUUUCACUAUUUGCACUUUCCAUUGAACAGUGGGUGGGUUUGCUGUUCGCACACAGAAUGUAUCCAGUAGUUACAGCUAUCACGUGUUCUGUGUAUGCUCCUCCUCCUCCUGCCUCCAGGGAUGAAGCAGUAAAAGUGGAUGUAGCCAUUUCCGUGCCUUGGCUCCACGUUGUCACCCAGAGAACAGUAAAGGGAGUAGGAAAGCAAGAUAGAGAAAAGACAGACAAGACCACUAGAACGAGCCCAGAGAUUAGGGGGGCGGGACGGGGAGGUUCCAAAUCCUCCAUGGAGCAGAACUAACGGGGCUCCGCUGUGUGGAAAGGAGUUGUUAAUUCUACCUUUUGGGUUGAACUUGAAAGUCCUUGAACUGCAGAAACUCUAGGCAGUUGGAUGGUUGUAGGGUAUCUAGGUUAACUGUGGCACCAACCUCAACUAGACCUGUGUUUGGCGCUGGGAAUGGUGAAAAUAAAACUUAAAUACGGAAGAAGUGGAAGUGGCUGAGUGUCCGUGAUAUCCUCCCAGAAUGUAUUUUUCUUACCUCGGCAUGUACUGUAGUCACUUGAUAUUUGUAUAUGUUGCUAGAAUUUAGGCUGUUGAAAAUAGUGAGAUUCUAAUGUGUUUUUAAUAAAUUAUAUGUGUGUGUCUUGCUCAGAUUAUUUGGAUUAAAUAAAACAACUUUGACAUCGUAGUCCAGAAAAUGCCAAAUUUCUCAAAGUUGACAACAGUCACAUUUUAUGACCAGUAUUAUAGUGGGUAUAGCAUCAUUGGUCCCCCUGCCACUGUCCCCUGCUGGCAACUCCAUAACCCUCAAGCCUGCCUUAUGGAAGUGAAUCUGGGCAGCCCAGCUCUGUGUGGCUAUAGAGUAAAGGGGCACACCCCAUCAGCAUGGAGAGCCAGCCAGUGCUAGCUUCCCCCAGUUAGGAGCUGGACACUGCUAGCAUGAGCUACCCUCACUAUCAGAUCCCUCCUAUUUACAGUUUGUCAGUAUUUCAUUUAUUCUUUCUCUGACAUUUCGCUCUUUUUAUUUUACACACAAACUCUUUAGGGAGGAGGCAAAUUGAUUGCCAUUAUCACCAGCAUUUCCAAUAAUAACACUUCCUGUUUGCUCUUCUCCCAUUCUUCCCCCUUUGGUUGUCUCUACUAACAGUUGAAAGGUGGAACUUGCCCCGCAGGCUACCAUUUGUUUGUGUUUCUUCAGAUUUUUCUCUCAUGUGCUUGAAAUGACCUCACUGAAUGUCUCACUGAAGGUGAAAUUUAGUCAUGUGAAAUAGGACAUUUUUUUCCCUAUACAAAUAAACAAAAAAAGCUCAACUCUUAA